CGCCACCCAACCCUGCCCCCACCCUCACUGUGUCCCCCUCCCAGGAAGAUAGCAGACGUAGGAGCGGUGCCCUGCUCUCAGCGCGUCCUGGCGAAGACCAUAAGGCGCUUCUCAUCGGAAACAGACGUGACGCGCAGAGGGCCCGGCGGUCAUUUCGUUUGCAGUACAACGAUUCCACUAAGGACCGAGGAUCACCAUUCGCCUGACCCUCGGUCUUUUCCCUUCGAACUUCAUCCUCGUGAAUCACCGUGUCUCAUAUCCAUAGAAUUUCAAUCUAGGCUUCAUCGUGCAGGAAAGGGUACUUGGUUGAGUGUCGUGUUGGGAGGGUCUCCAUGGGAAUUAGUGUCAUCGGGGCUUAAACUCGAGUUCAAUAGAAAAGACAGAUCCCUAAAAACUGUAAAAUCCUUCGGCUACAACAGAUUCACGAGUGAAUUAAAGGAUAUACAAUUAUUCAAACAAAACUACGCUCGGGAAAAAAGACAAUACAAAUAUUUUCCUGAAAAAAACUAACUUUUGUCGCGACUUACUCUACGUACCUCCGAACAUGUAAAGAACCGACUGAAGUCAUGGUCACUCGUAAACACACAUGAUUCCUUAGUUACGAGCUCUCUGGACGAUAAUACGGACGUGUCCUGAGUUCUCCGAGUGAGAAUGACAGGGUUCCCGAGUACAAAGCGCGGCCUGGCAGUGCGGGCGAGCGAUGAGAGGAAGCGGGUAGGGUGAGCCCGCCUGUUGCAUCGGGAAUGCAACAGAAUCUACAAGUAUAAAAGGCUUCGAAGAAGAUUUUUGUGUAAAAAGUGCCGUAGAAAACAAAAAUACAGAUGGGAAAUAACGGCCAUCAAUGAACAUAUCAAGACGUAAGAAGAAACAAUCAAAUGUAACCUCGUGGAAGUAAAACAGGAAGGUGUCGACACCAUCGAAGCGAUACAAGACAUAGUGCUGUCAUCUUUUUAAGUUGGACGAGGAUGAAGACCCAACCAAGCAAGCGCGUGGCUUUCUCGCCAUUGCCUGCCGAGGACAAGGACGCCGUCGAUCAAAUAGCCGCGGAAAAGGACGCCGACGGCCUUGUAUCGGAAAGACCUGCGAGCGUCUGCAAGUUCACGUGGUGGAAUGAGCUCGUGAUAUGGUUCUCUAUGAUCUUCUACGUAGCCGACCUGUGCCUGGACCUGUGGGUGUGCGUGGCCCAUUUCAAGGCGCGGUUGCCGAAGUCGGGCUGGUUCAUCUUCUUCUGUAUCCUGCUUCCCAACCUCUACGCUGGGUACAAGUCGCUGCAGUGGUACCUCAGAGCGCACGCCAUCACCCCCCUGCGAAAGCCUUUGGUAUGGAUCAUUCGGGUCUUUUUCUUCCCUAUCAGUCCCCUUCUCAGGUACAUAGACGCUCUGAUGUAUGGCUACCACGCCCGCCAAGCGUGGAAGCAAGGCAACCUCUCGAAGGAACGCAAGAACUUCGAAAACUACUUGGUGGAGAGCGCGGAGGUGGCCAUGCUGCGCCUCGUCGUCAUAUUCCUGGAGGACGCGCCCAUCGUCGUCCUCAACCUCACCGAACUCAUCAAGACGCCGCCCAGCAAAUGGACAGACAUCCAGGAGGGCAAGCCUGACCCAGAGUUCGUUCGUCUCGGUUCGGUUGUGGCCAAACUCGCCUGCACCAUGACCCUGGGCGUCGUGCACUACAUGUCAUGCAACAAGCUAGCGUGGCACUUAGCCAACACCCAGCAGCAGGACCGGCAGAUGCAACAGCAAGAGGAGGAAGAGGACGCCGCCGCCGGGAGGAGACCCAAACAGCCUUGGGAAAAGAAAGGAGUGCUGUCAUGGCCAGCGGAGUUCGCCAUCUACUGCUGGCAGCUUCUGUCCAUCGGUUCUCGCGUCGUGGCCUACGCCCUCUUCUCGGUGGUCCACUUCCGCCUGCUGUGGGUUCCCAUCAUGCUGCGCUGGAUGAUCCACUCUGUGUGGAUCUUUUUCGACGUGCGGGAGAUGUCCAUCGUGAACUCGAUCGCUUUCGGGGGCGUCUACCUCUUCUCUUUCGUCACCACGUCGCCCGGGCGUCAGAUCCUGCGAAUUCUCCUCUACUACGUCAUCACCUUCGGCGAAAACAUAAUCAUUGGAAUCCUGUGGAGUUACGGCGCGCCGGACAACUACUUCCAAGAGGCCGGUUUGGGCGUGAUGUUCGGGGGAGCGGCGGGCGGCCUGCUGUUCCUCAUGCUGUACUACGGGUGCUUCCACCCCGACAGGGCCUCGACUUGGGGCUGGCAGUGGCUGCGCGAACAAAGGGCGAAGAGACCGCAGCGAUCGGCUGUGGUAUAGAGAGCGCGGGCCUAAGGCGGAGGGAGGGAGGGUGCGCGGGGUCAAGUGUUUUCGAUUUGCAUUUUAUAAUUGGGAUAAGAACUUAAAUAUGUAUUUUUGAUAUGCAAACACGCACACACACACGUGGUGGAUAUAAAUGCUUUCUCCCAGACAUUGUAUAAAAAAACGAUUAAGAUAUAUUUUAAUAUAUGAUCCGUGUAACAUCAUGAAUGAAUGUAUCCUUUAAUUUUCAGUUUUAUGUGUUGGGAUGCGUGCAAAUAUACUAUUAAGUUUGAUCGUGCUGUCAUUAUUUAAGAUUUUUGGUUGUUAUUGUUGUCUGUCUAAUUUCAUUAUACUGAUGUCUGGACAUGGGAUAUUUUUUUCGAAUAUGAAGUGUGGAUUAAAAAGUCUUAAAUAAAUGUGUCUUCCCAUGUGAGAGCUGAAUCAGUGUCGUUCUUCGAUAUAUGGUCUCGUAAAUGUGUAUAUUUUGUACUGCAAAAUAAAUUAUAUUUUGUCACUAGAAGCUGAUAGACUGACAGAUAUAUCAUGUAAAUUACUAUCACUUCUAUUGAAAAAAGGAGAAAUAUGAGAGUUAAUCCAUAUUAUUGUAGUCACAUGUAGUAUAUAUAGUAGUUAUACAUUUGUAUCUGCUUUCCCGAUUGCGUUCACGAGGAGCAGUAUGUUUGCUAGUCAUGUCGAAGGAGAGAGUAUCCAGCUAGUCUCAUGAACAGAGAACCUUUUCGGAGUUCAGUGUUGUGAAAGAAAUGUGUGAUCCAAGACAUAAAAGACUGAAUAGAAAAAUGUUUGCAUGAAAUUGGACAUUGAAGACUGAGAUAUGAAACAAAAUAUAAAAUUGGACGUUGAAGAAUGAGAUCAGAUGUAAAAUAUUGAUAAAUUUGUCAUAGCAUCGGGGUGUGAAGUACUGUUCCCUUGCCCAUCUCUAAUGGUACCGUGUGUGAUAGUGUUUUUUCUCAAUUGUGGGUGUUCACAUUCGUUCAUUUUAUCUUUGUCGUAAAGUGAGCACAACUGACUCAUCAUUUCAUCAAAAGAGAACAGUACAGUAACUCAUCCUCCGUACUUACGAAAAAAGUGGAAUGUUUACUUAAAUACUUUUCCAUAACCCGAAGAAGAAAUGGGAAGAAGUACCAUGUGUUUGAAUGAAAAGGAAAAUAGAAAACGGUGUCGAUAUGGAGAAAAUGGUGGUGCUUCAAAAAUUUGGAAUAGACAUACCUCUUUUGUACACGUCAUAAAAGUUAAUUCCUGAUUAAAGUUAAUCCAAAUCCACAGUACUUGCACCGAAGAUAAAAGACACUGCCAGGCGCACGAGUCAGUGCGAUUAUCAGUAAAUCUACUGUUUUACAAGAAAAAGCAGGUAUCUUUGUAAUGGCAAUUAGCAUUCACCCUCUACAAGUUUCAUAUUAUACGUUAAUUUCGAUUAGGAAACGUUUGCUACAGAGAAAAAAAAUAUAUAUAUAUACACAUAAACGCUGGUAUUAUAGCAUGCCCAUAUAUGUCUGUAUCAGUACCAAUAAAAUUAUAUAAAUGGCUUCAGAUAGCCUAUAAAUAUUAUAGGCAACCGAAAUGAAAGUGUCAAACAAACAUGAUUGAUUGAUUAUUUCAUGAUUAUUUCAAAUUAUCUACCGCUUCAGCAGCUAAGGUAAUUAGAGGCGAAUACCUUGUUAGAUAAAAAUAUAAAAAUAUUUAAAACUAUAAUAUUCACGGGAGUUUAUUUCGAGAGCUCUUUCUCGUGUGAGAUCUCGAGGCACUGGUAGUGUAGUUUUUUAAGGGUGUUGCUAGCCUUGAUAAAUGUCCACGGGGUUUUGUAGUCACUGUAGUAUAAAGAAUCAGGAAGUUUGUACUGUGAAUUUCCAACCUAAUCCUUAUGUUAUUUAAAGCUUUCUCUUUUAUUCGAUAAAUACAUUGCUUAAGUUUUUCAUACCUGGAAAUAACAUUGCCUUUUCUGUUUGUAAACUCUGGAAUUCACUGUGGGAUUUUCCUUUCGUGUUUCUUUUCAGUGAUGAGAGUUAUAUCGCAGUUUGAAUAACACACAGAUUAUAAAAAUAUAUAUUGAUGAAUUUUCACAUACAUCUAUGACAUGAACAUUUGUUUUGUUAUUGCUUAUUAUAAAUAUUAAUGGCAACUCAACUCCAUCUUUUCUGUGGAGUUCUGCGCAAGUGCAGGAUUGAGAUUUGAGCUCAAAAGUAAAGCCUGGUCCGGAGGUGAAUUAAGUUUAAUCCUCGACGCUGCCAUUGCGCAUGAUCAUUAGAGAUCUGGCUUAAACUUUCAUACUGGAUUAACUUUUAUGGCGCGUACAGAAGACGCCAUUCUUGGUGAUUAAGUGAGCAUCGGUGCUUCCACGCAGAUCAACUUCCCGAGAUCUGUUUGCUAUGGAGGCAGGGAAGGGAAUUAUGUGUUAAUUAUAACUGUUGAGAAUUGUGUCCUACCAAUUAUGUGCUAAUUAUAACUGAAGAAUUGUGUCCUACCAAAGGUGUUAAAUAUAUUAAGAUUUUGUA